AUGUGGGAAAUUGGAAGGGAUAGUUUAGUCUAUCUAAAUCUUUCCCUCAACUACUUGACCAACAUAGAAAAGCUUCCAUUGGAGAAUCUUGCAAUUCUAGACCUUAAUUCAAACAAGCUCCGAGGAUCACUUCCAAUUCUACCGUCUUUCUUGACAGUCUUAUUUUUGUCAAACAACAAAUUGUCAGGAGAGAUACCAGAUUUGAUUUGCAAUAAGAGUGUCCUGGAAAUUCUAGAUCUUUCUAACAAUAGCUUCAGUGGCAACAUUCCAAUAUGCAUGGGAAACUUUAGCCAUCUUCAUGUGUUGGAUUUGAGGAAAAAUAAACUCAGUGGCACAAUUCCAGGAAGAUUUGCAAAAGGCAGUCUAUUGAGGACCCUCAACUUGAAUGAGAAUGAAUUGGAAGGGCCAAUCCCACGAUCUUUGGUCAAUUGUACGAUGCUUGAAGUUCUAGAUAUUGGCAACAACAAGGUGAUUGAUACCUUCCCAUAUUGGCUACAAAGUCUCCCUGAAUUGCAAGUUCUUGUACUUCAUUCAAAUAGAUUUUAUGGUUCUGUACGAGGUUGCUCAGAAAUGAAUCAUUGUUUUCCAAAGUUGAAAGUACUUGACCUCUCAAAGAACAAAUUUGGUGGUCCAUUGCCAGCCUCGUAUUUCAAAAAUCUUCAAGCCAUGAAGGAUGUUGGUGAAGUUGGGACGAAGUUACAAUAUAUUGGUGAAAGUUAUUAUCAAGAUUCCAUUACAGUAACAAUGAAAGGGCAUCUGUUUGGAUUUAUGAGAAUAUUCGUUGCUUUCACUGCCAUUGAUUUUUCAAAUAAUAACUUCUGUGAAGAGAUUCCAGAAGUAAUUGGAGAGCUUCAUUCACUUAUACACCUGAAUCUUUCUUCAAACAAUUUAACCGGUUACAUCCCAUCAUCACUUGGAAAUUUGAAAGCUCUAGAGUCUUUAGACCUCUCUUUCAACAAGCUUGGUGGAAAAAUUCCAUGGCAGUUGGCAAAUUUAGACUUUCUUCAAGUGCUAGACUUGUCUCAAAACCAACUCACAGGGCCCAUUCCACGGGCACCGCAUUUUGAUACAUUCCCAAGUACGUCAUACACCGGAAACUUGGGAUUGUGUGGAUUCCCUUUGUCAAAAGAAUGCAAAAGUGAUGGACCACUACAACCGCAGUCAGAAAGAGAAGAUAAUGCAGAGUCUACAAAUGGAUUCGGUUGGAAAGUGGUGUUGAUAGGCUAUGCAUUUGGAAUGGUGAUUGGACUGUUCAUGGGAUAUCUUGUAUUUUCAACAGGAAAGCCUCAGUUGCUUGUAAGGAUAGUUGAAGGAGAAGACCGUAGAAAGAGGAGGAGACCGAGUGCGAGACGUUGA